ACAGCUGUGGAUAUGUUCAAGCCUCUACCUCAUUCAUUCAUCUGUGAAUUCUUUUUUAAAAUUAAAUCCUGUUUUUUGAGCUGAAACUAAAACAACAGCCUGGCUUUUUUCUUUCUUUUUAUCUUUUUGUUUUUCUUGUUUUUGGAGUCCUCCUCCUGUUGCUACAGUAUGUGUGUGUGGUGUUGACCCCACGCUGCCACCUGCUGUGUGACCACAGGAGCACGAGGAAACACCAGGAUGUUUCCUCUGAUGAGGAUGAAGCAGCAGCAGCAGCAGCCCUUCUCUGUGGUGGGCUUUUCACUGACCUGGACACUGGUGCUGUCACUCAGUGUGGGUCAGUGUAAGGAGGUGGACAACGUGGCAAGGGCACGACAGCCGCCCAUGUCUCCGUCCGACUUCCUGGACAAACUGAUGGGAAGGACAUCAGGAUACGACGCCAGGAUACGACCCAACUUUAAAGGUCCUCCAGUCAACGUCUCCUGCAAUAUUUUCAUCAACAGCUUUGGUUCCAUCGCUGAAACCACGAUGGAUUACCGCGUCAACAUCUUCCUCCGUCAGCAGUGGAACGACCCCAGACUCGCCUACGCCGAGUACCCAGACGACUCUCUGGACCUGGACCCGUCCAUGUUGGACUCCAUAUGGAAACCAGACCUGUUCUUUGCCAACGAGAAGGGAGCUCAUUUUCACGAGGUCACCACAGACAACAAACUGCUGAGGAUUUUCAAGAACGGGAAUGUUUUAUACUCCAUCAGACUCACAUUAACUCUGUCGUGUCCCAUGGAUCUAAAAAACUUCCCCAUGGAUGUUCAGACCUGUAUCAUGCAGCUGGAGAGCUUUGGUUACACCAUGAACGACCUGAUCUUUGAGUGGCAGGAGAACGGACCGGUCCAAGUGGCCGAAGGCCUCACGCUCCCACAGUUCAUCCUCAAAGACGAGUCAGACCUGAGAUACUGCACCAAGCACUACAACACGGGUAAGUUCACCUGUAUCGAGGUCCGGUUCCACCUGGAGCGUCAGAUGGGCUACUACCUGAUCCAGAUGUACAUCCCAUCCCUGCUCAUUGUCAUCCUGUCCUGGGUCUCGUUCUGGAUCAACAUGGACGCUGCUCCGGCCAGAGUGGCUCUGGGCAUCACCACUGUCCUCACCAUGACAACGCAGAGCUCCGGCUCCAGGACUUCACUGCCAAAGGUCUCUUAUGUGAAGGCCAUAGACAUAUGGAUGGCUGUGUGUCUGCUCUUCGUCUUCUCCGCUCUGCUGGAAUACGCCGCCGUCAACUUUGUGUCGAGGCAGCACAAAGAGCUGCUGAGAUUCAGACGACAUCACAGGAACAAGAGCAGCAGCAACAACAAGGAAGGGGAAGUCCACGAGAGCCGGCUGACCUCCAAAGCGGCCGUGACCUCCACUCCCUGCAACAGCAAGGAUUCCAAGUCCGGCACCAACAACGCCGUUUCUGUACUCAACAGCGGAGGAGCCGCAGCUAAAGCUACCCACAAUGCACCUGGAGCAGCGACAGCAUCAGCAGCAUCAGUGGCAGGUGGAGGCGGUAAAAGCAUAGACGAGAUGAGAAAGUUGUUCAUCGAUCGAGCCAAAAAGAUCGACACGGUGUCGCGCGCCGGUUUCCCUCUCGCUUUUCUCUUCUUCAACAUUUUCUACUGGGUUCUUUAUAAAAUCCUCAGACAUGAAGACGUUCAUAAACUGUAGUUUUAAAACUGUACUGUAUGUGCACACACACACUCAUUAUGUGCACACACACACUUUCUACUGACAACCAGACCACGAUGUGAGUGAGUGAGUUGUAUGUGUGGGUGUGUAUGUGUGGCACACACACUUUACUUUAGACCAGGACACUUUAAAGGACACAUAUGUAAAAUAUGAACAACAGCAAACAUCAGCGUUUACACUGUAAAACGGUUUAUUAUAAAUAGGUAAAAUUAGCUUCAUGGUUUAUGGGAAAUUUUUCA